UGGAAGCUCUCAAUGAUAAUGGUACAUGGACCCUUACCUUCCUUCCUGUCGGCAAGAAACCGAUUGGCUGCCGUUGGGUAUAUAAGAUCAAGCACAAGUCCGAUGGCUCUAUUGACAGGUACAAAGCACGGUUAGUGGCCAAGGGGUUCACACAAUUGGAGGGUGUCGAUUAUCAGGACACUUUUUCCCCUACAGCUAAGAUCACUUCGGUACGGUGCUUACUGGCGUUAGCUGCUGCUCGGGGCUGGUCUCUCCAUCAGUUAGACGUCAACAACACCUUUCUUCAUGGCGAUCUUGACGAAGAAAUUUAUAUGUCUCCGCCGCCAGGGCUUCGGAGACAGGGGGAGGAGCAUUUAGUUUGUCGGCUACAUAAGUCCUUGUAUGGCUUGAAGCAGGCAUCACGGCAAUGGUUUGCCAAAUUCUCUAAUGUUAUCCAAGCCGCCGGUUUUGUGCAGUCUUGAGCUGAUUUAUGUUGAUGAUAUUUUAAUUACGGGGAAUGAUUCCAUCAGUAUUGCUGCAAUUAAGAAGUUUUUGCAUAGCAGUUUUCGUCUUAAAGACCUUGGUGAAUUGAAAUAUUUUCUAGGAAUUGAGAUUUCUUCUUCUAGAAAUGGGAUUUUUAUGUGUCAGCGCAAAUAUGCAUUAGAGAUUGUGAAAGAUGCGGGGCUAUUAGGCGCAGCCCCGGUUGAUACUCCAAUGGAAAGAGGUUUAAAAUUGUCAGACAAGAGUGAUUUACUCAGAGAUCCAAGCCGCUAUAGAAGAUUAGUCGGCCGUCUAAUAUACCUCACUGUUUCAAGGCCAGAUAUUACCUAUGCCGUCCAUGUCUUGAGUAGAUUCAUGCACCAACCUCGAAAGAGUCAUAUGGAGGCAGCUCUUCGAGUUAUUCGAUAUUUGAAAGGUGCGCCUGGCCAAGGCUUAUUUUUCUCUUCAACGAGUGAUUUAAAAUUACGAGCCUAUUGUGAUUCGGAUUGGGGAGAUUGCCCACUCACUAGAAGGUCUACUACUGGUUAUUGUGUCUUCCUUGGACCUUCAUUGAUAUCCUGGAAAUCAAAACGGCAGAAAACAGUGUCCUUGUCCUCAGCUGAAGCUGAAUAUCAUGUAAUGACCGGAGCUUGUUGUGAGUUAACAUGGCUUCGGUAUUUAUUGAGAGACUUAGGACUUAUUCAUCACGAACCUGCCUCAUUGAGCUGUGACAAUAAGGCUGCUUUGCAUAUAGCAGCUAAUCCAGUUUUUCAUGAGCGAAGACGACAUAUUGAGAUGGAUUGCCAUUAUAUUAGGGACAAAAUUCAAGAUGGUUCUGUAGUUGCAAAGUAUGUCAGCUCUACACAUCAAUUGGCCGACGUUUUGACUAAACCUUUGGGGAAAGAAACUUUUGUUCCUAUGGUCCGCAAGUUGGGAGUGCAAAAUAUUCACUCUCCAACUUGAGGGGGAGUGUUG